UUCUAUACUCAUACCCGAGCGUCCUCUUGCUGCAAUAAAACCCACCUCCCACCAUAUCCUCUUGCUUCCUUCCUGCACGCAAACAUUCAACACUGCACUGGAUCAUCCGUGAUCUAGCCUCAGCUCCUACUUUGUAGUUGUACAAUCAAUCUCAUUAAUUAGAGCCUUCAUAUCAUGCAGCGCGCAUUGUCAUCAAGGGCCUCGGCUCUGCGUUCAUCGUCCUCGAUGCUUCGACCCGCCACAUCCAGCUUCAACGCUCAGCAAUUAAGAUUCUCCCAUAAGGUGCGUUAAUAUGGUGACAAUUGAAAAUUUUCCAAUUGGUACGACCAAAGAGAAAAGUGGAAGCUGAUCAUCAAUGUUGUAGGAGCUCAAAUUCGGCGUCGAUGCCAGAGCAUCUCUAUUAGCUGGUGUCGAGACUUUGGCAAAGGCCGUCUCCACAACCCUGGGACCAAAGGGCCGUAAUGUCCUGAUUGAAUCCCCAUACGGAGCCCCAAAGAUCACAAAGGGUUAGUUAUAGGUUCUCAAUUUCUUCAGUAGAUCGAUCAUUUGCUGACUUCUUCCGCAGAUGGUGUUACAGUAGCGAAGGCCAUUACCUUGAAGGACAAGUUCGAGAACCUCGGUGCCCGUCUCAUCCAAGACGUUGCCUCAAAAACCAACGAAACUGCUGGAGAUGGAACCACAAGUGCCACCGUUCUCGCCCACGCCAUCUUCUCCGAAACCGUCAAGAACGUUGCUGCCGGAUGUAAUCCUAUGGAUUUGCGAAGAGGAACUCAAGCUGCCGUUGAGGCGGUCGUUGAGUUUUUACAAAAGAACAAGCGAGACAUUACUACCAGUGAGGAGAUUGCACAGGUGGCAACCAUUUCUGCCAAUGGCGACACUCACAUCGGAAAGUUAAUUGCAAAUGCUAUGGAGAAGGUCGGCAAGGAGGGUGUUAUUACUGUCAAGGAGGGAAAGACUAUGGAGGAUGAGCUUGAGGUUACUGAGGGUAUGCGAUUCGAUCGCGGAUUCGUUUCACCAUACUUCAUCACCGACACCAAGACUCAAAAAGUCGAGUUCGAGAAGCCAUUGAUUCUUCUCUCCGAGAAGAAGAUUUCCCAGGUUGCAGAUAUCAUCCCGGCUCUCGAGGCAUCCACUCAACUCCGCCGUCCUUUGGUCAUCAUUGCGGAGGAUAUUGAUGGAGAGGCUCUCGCCGUUUGUAUCUUGAACAAGCUCCGUGGUCAACUCCAGGUCGCAGCAGUCAAGGCUCCAGGUUUCGGCGACAACCGCAAAUCCAUUCUUGGUGAUCUCGGUAUUCUCACCAACGCCACCGUCUUCACCGACGAGUUGGAUAUCAAGCUUGAGAAAGCGACUCCAGAUAUGUUUGGUACUACUGGCUCUAUCACCAUCACCAAGGAGGAUACCAUCAUUCUGAACGGAGAUGGAAGCAAGGACGCUAUUAGCCAGAGAUGUGAACAAAUCCGUGGAGUUAUGAGCGACCCUACCACUUCAGACUACGAGAAGGAGAAGCUCCAAGAGCGUCUUGCUAAGUUGUCUGGGGGUGUUGCCGUCAUCAAGGUGGGCGGAUCUUCAGAGGUUGAGGUUGGUGAGAAGAAGGAUCGCUUCGUUGAUGCUCUCAACGCUACCCGCGCCGCUGUUGAGGAAGGUAUUCUUCCGGGUGGUGGAACUGCUCUUCUCAAGGCAGCCAGCCAAGCUUUAGGCAACAUCAAGUCAGCAAACUUUGAUCAACAGCUUGGUGUCGGUAUUAUCAAGAGUGCCAUUACCAAGCCAGCCCGCAAGAUUGUCGAGAACGCUGGAACUGAGGGUUCAGUUGUCGUCGGUAAGCUUAUGGACGAGUAUGGAACCGACUUCAACAAGGGUUUCGACAGCGCCAAGGGCGAGUACGUUGACAUGAUCGCUGCCGGAAUUGUUGAUCCAUUCAAGGUUGUACGCACUGGACUGGUUGAUGCCAGUGGUGUUGCCUCCUUACUUGGCACAACUGAGGUUGCCAUUACUGAGGCACCAGAGGAGAAGGGUCCUCCAGGUGGUGGUGGAAUGGGAGGCAUGGGUGGUAAGUUAUUCUCAUCCGCAUCCUGACGAAAACUACUAACACGAUUCAGGUAUGGGCGGUAUGGGCGGAAUGAUGUAAAAAGAAAAGGAAAAAGAAAAAGAAAGUAUCAUGAACAAUGUAAAAUAGAAAACGGCGCAACGAGAAGAUGUAUACUGCGGGCCUGGAUUUUGCUGUAUAACACCACACCCCACUCUUCAUCACUUGUCUUACCAACAACCCGGAGGAACAACUUGAGGAUAUUAAUGAGCCACAGAAGGCAUGUAACAUAAUGAACAAAAACAAUGCAAAACAAUGAUAAAUAAU